AUGAAAGAAUUCAUAACACAUUUAAAGGAUAAGAAGAAACCAUUGAGCAGUUGUGUUUUCGACAGUUUCGAGGCGUGGUCCUUAGACGAUGGAUUAUCCACAUUUGGGAAGUUCCAAACGAUGGAUUGGGACGACGUUUUGAGCAAUCAAUUAUUCGACCAUUACUCAACAGUGAUUCUAGAGCUCGAAAAACGUCGUCAAGAGCAGGAGGAAGUGGAAGAGUUGGAAUCUUAA